AUGGGUGACGAUGCCAAGAAGCAACUCAUCGAUCCCCAGAAGAAGUAUUCAGGCUGGAAAGUCGAACAGAAACUGGACGAAGGAGGCUUUGGCCAAGUUUUCAAAGUCACCAAAGAGGAUAAAGACGGCGUCAAAAAAGUAGCUGCCCUUAAGGCAGAAUCAAAUGAAGUCGAGGGAGGAUCCGCCAUCAAAUUGGAAGUCAGUUAAGAUUACAUUAGUAAACUUUGCCAUAAUUCAGAUGUCUGUUCUUGGAAUGUUGAACAAGGAUGGGAAGGAAUCUCCCCACGUUCCUUUUCUUUUUCAUGGUGCCAAACGCAAGAAGUUUUGUUAUAUGAUUGUAACAUUACUUGGGGAGAAUCUGCGGACUCUGAAGACCUGGAAGAAAGGAAACGAGACCCUUAGCAUGGAGACAUGGUCUAGGAUCGCACUGCAAUGUCUGUACAGCAUCAAACUCGUUCAUGAUGUCGGCUUUAUUCAUCGUGACAUCAAACCGGCAAACUUUAUGAUGGGCAGAAAUGAUGACAUCAAUCGCGCCAGACUGGUUCACAUUCUUGACUUUGGACUUGCCAGGUAAUCCAGCUGGAUCUUGGCUUGUCUCUCUGUGGCAUUAAUCAAAACUUUUAGAAGUUACGCUCUCCUUAGAGGCAAGGUGUUCGUUGCCCGCCGAGCCAGAAGCAAUGUUGAAUUCCGUGGAACCAUGAGAUACUGCUCCCCCAAUGUGCACUACAAACAAGAACAAGGCCGACACGACGAUUUAUAUUCAUUUAUGUACGUGGUCGUCGAAUUACAUUGUGGUCUGCCAUGGCAAACCACCAAGGAUAAGGACGUUCUCGAGAAGGAAAAACUUGGAAAGACUGAACUCCUCAACAGCAAACUUCCCCGUAAGGCUUGCAUUCAACUUGGUGUCAUUUUUUCCAGCGGAACUUCAUCCCAUUAUUCCUCAUCUGACCAAACUGGAUUGCUAUAAUCGUCCUGAUUAUUCAAUGAUCGCAGAUUGCUUCAAGAAGUUAUGCGCUCGUCUUAAGGUCUCUUACGCCACUCCAUAUGAUUGGGAAGCGGCUGACGAAAAGAAAAAGACCCUCGGAAGGGAACUUGUAAGCACAACUACUACUUUAUAACAUCUUACAGUUGGCCAAAAGAUCGUGUCCUCCCGAAUAUGAGAACUCCGACGAAUUCUUUGCCUCGGAUCCAGUAGGAGUUAACACAGCCCCACCCAAAGAAGGCACUGGCAUCAGCGACAUUGCCGGUUUACCAACCUCAGAGGAGCAUAAGAACAUGCCCAUCUCCAAGGUGCAGACUAUCAUCAAUGAAGCGAAUAAAAAAUAG